AUGUCUGCUUCUGCCUCGCCGCCGAAAAAACGAAGGCUUUCGACCUCCCCGGCCGAUGAACGCCGAGUUAGCAUUAAUGAACCACCCAAGAAGAUCAAACAGGAGAAUUCCAACGGUUCCGGAAAUUCAGGAAACUCGGUAAAGUCCGAGUCAUUCUCACCCAAAAUGAUGUCCUUAACCACUCAGCAGAGCAAGGCUAGUGGUCCCAUCGUUCGCGCGCUGGGUGCCACACAUCCAUUGAAUCAAAAUUCAACGUCCAGUAUACCGACAUUUUCUUCGGACGUUGACAAAGAAAAAGAAUCAGCAUCUACAGUGCAGUCAUUGAUCUCUUCUAUUAAAGGGAAAGGAAGUAAUAAUAAUCAAGCACAUUUGCAAAGUUCAUCAACUUCAUCAUCACACCAGUCGCAAACUCAAUCACAAAUACCGGAAACGCAACUGUCGCAACAAUCACCGCAGGAAUUGCAGAUUAGAUUAACGAAGAAAGAGGAAGAAAUUCAAAACUUGUUGGCAACUAUCAUUAAAUUUACUCUCCUGGGGGAACUUCAUAACCUUUCUCAAACGCUCACACCGGAUUUUACAUUCGAUCAAUCACUCCGUAAGAAAUUCCUUGAUCCGGCUAUUAACGCGUUAUUUCGUGCAAUGAAGAAGGAGUCGGAAGAGAAAGAGAAAACAAUUGAAAAUUUACAACGAGAAUUAACUGGUGUGAGUUUUACCCCCAAUAGCAUCACUGGUAAAAAGCUCGUCACAAAGUUGAAAGCAUUACAGGAUGAGAAUGAGGAAUUGGGACGACAACUACGUCAAGGUCGAGUGGAACAGUAUGAAGUAGAGAUUGCUAUGCAAAGAAAAUUAAUCAACGAGCUCAGGCAUGGACUUGAAGAUUAUGAAAACCAGUCUAUUGCCUUUGAUUCCGAAAUUGAGCGCCUUCAGGACUUAAUAUUUCAACUACAGUCGAAGUUGAAGCAUUACGAGAAAAAAUUUGGACCUUUGGUAUCGGCCAAUAAAGAACAUGCCACCGAGGACACAUCAAAAUCAGUUAUCACUACUGGUGAAGAAACUGAGCCCAUUGAUGUAAGCUCAAAAGAGACGUAA